GCCCCAGUGUUGACAACAGUGAGUAUAUGAGGAACGGAGACUUCCUACCCACCCGCCUGCAGGCGCAGCAGGACGCUGUGAACAUCGUGUGCCACUCCAAGACACGCAGCAACCCCGAGAACAACGUGGGGCUCAUCACCUUGGCCAAUAACUGUGAGGUGUUGACAACGCUCACUCCGGACACAGGACGGAUCCUUUCCAAGCUCCACACAGUGCAGCCCAAAGGGAAAAUCACCUUUUGCACAGGGAUCAGAGUUGCUCAUUUGGCCUUGAAACAUCGCCAAGGCAAGAACCACAAGAUGCGGAUCAUUGCCUUCGUUGGGAGCCCCGUCGAGGACAAUGAGAAGGAUCUGGUGAAACUGGCAAAGCGUCUGAAGAAGGAGAAAGUCAAUGUUGACAUCAUCAAUUUUGGGGAGGAGGAAGCCAACACGGACAAGCUGACUGCCUUCAUCAACACCCUGAAUGGGAAGGAUGGUACUGGCUCCCACCUGGUGACGGUGCCGCCGGGGCCGAGCCUGGCCGACGCCCUCAUCAGCUCUCCCAUCCUGGCUGGGGAGGGAGGAGCCAUGCUGGGCCUGGGCGCCAGCGACUUCGAGUUCGGGGUGGACCCCAGUGCAGACCCCGAGCUGGCGCUGGCUCUGCGGGUGUCCAUGGAGGAGCAGAGGCAGCGGCAAGAGGAGGAGGCCAGGAGGGCUGCAGCUGCCUCCGCAGCUGAGGCCGGAAUCGCGGCCACCGGUGGGGAUGGUGGACGUGAUUCGGACGAUGCCCUGCUGAAGAUGACCAUCACCCAGCAGGAGUUUGGCCGGGCUGGGCUGCCCGACCUCAGCACCAUGACAGAGGAGGAACAGAUCGCCUAUGCCAUGCAGAUGUCCCUGCAGGGAGCUGAGUUUGCCCAGGCAGAAGCAGCCGAGGUGGACAGCAGCACGGCCAUGGAUACCUCCGAACCUGCUAAGGAGGAAGACGACUACGAUGUGAUGCAGGACCCUGAGUUUCUCCAGAGUGUCCUGGAGAACCUACCAGGUGUGGACCCCAACAAUGAGGCCAUCCGCAAUGCCAUGGGCUCCUUGGCCUCACAGGCUUCCAAGGAAAGCAAGGACAAAAAGGAUGAGGAGAAGAAAUGA